CUACCAGAGCUUCGAGCAGGUGGUGAACGAACUGUUCCGCGACGGGGUGAACUGGGGCCGCAUCGUGGCUUUCUUCUCCUUCGGGGGGGCCCUGUGCGUGGAGAGCGUUGACAAGGAGAUGCGGGUACUGGUGAAGCGCAUUGUGUCGUGGAUGACCACGUACUUGACCGACCACCUAGAUCCCUGGAUCCAGGAGAAUGGCGGAUGGGAACGCUUUGUGGACCUCUACGGGAACGAUGCUGCUGCCGAGGUGAGGAAAGGCCAGGAGACCUUCAACAAAUGGCUCCUGACCGGGGCGACAGUGGCCGGAGUGCUUCUGCUGGGAUCCCUGCUGAGCCGCAAGUGACCCGCCGCGAGCCCCCCGUCGCCAGGACGGCUGCGCCUUCACCGCCACAUCCACUACACUCCGCUCCCAAGCACCGGCACCGGCGCGGGGGAGCAGCUCCUGGGUCCCGGCUGAGCACCACCCUGCUCCACGGAGUUGUCUCCCUCGUGCCGCCCAGCUCCUUUUAUCGUAGCCCGUCUUAUUUACUGUUCCGUUGUGUUUUAAAGGCGCUGAGGCCAAUGCAGCGCUUCAGCCACCGGCUCCCAGCGCUGGGGAGAUCCAGGCAGCUGUGGGGCACAGGCUAGAAGGUGUCCCAGCCCUGCAGGGUCCUCCAGAUCACGUGGAAGAAAAUAAACAGACUUAUUUUUGCAUGUGUGAGUGCGUGCGUGUGUGUAGAUGUGUCACUAAUAUAAGGUUCCCCAGCCAGAGCAAGGGUCAGGCUCCAUGCCCCCGUCUCCAUGCUUAGGCACUGGGAAGAGGCAGGCUGCACAGAGGGAUGGAGCUUCCCUGCAUCCCUGUCCCGUCCUUGCUUUUCCAGGCAGAGCUCAUCCCUGUGGUGGGGGGAGCAGGAGGAAGAGGCAGAGGCCGGGGGCGAGGAGCUCUGCCCUCAGUAAGUCCCCCAAGCCCUCUUCUCCCUGGACAUCAGCUGCUGGGAGCUGCAUCCAGUCCCAGGUUGGGAUGGUGUACCAGGCCCAGGGCUGUGUCUUGUUGGAAGGGUUCCUUGUCCUCUUCGUCUUCCUCCUCCUCCUCCUUCCGAAUGUAGAUGGCUGUGGGGCUGUGCUCAUCUGUCCCCAGCCUGCUCCUCUGGGCUGGCAAAGGAGGGAGGCAGGCAAGGGGGAGAGUGCUUGUCCCUGGCACAAGGAGCUCUGCAGAGAGCUGGGGCUGUGGUGUCCAGGAAUGCAGAGCCAGGGAUUGGAAAGGGCAGGGGGAGUGAUGUCCUUCACAGGGGUGGCAAAGCCCAGGGAACAGCUGAUCCAUGGGACCAGCAGGGAAGCAAGCCCAGAGGAGGUGAGAGAGAGAGGGCUGGCACUGGCUCAGAGCCGUGCCGGCCACUGGGAAGCCUCUUUGGGGACAGUGGGAGCCUCUCCAGUGCUGUCCCGUUUGCUCGCAGUCCCAUAGCGCAGGCAGAUCCCUGGCAGAUCCGUGCGUGGCUGUUAUGGGUGCAUGCAGUGACUGAGGUGUCUGGCUUCCCUCCCCCUCAUCCCUCCCUUGCUCCUGCUGCUGCUGGAGCAGGGAACCUCCAGCCUUUAAUAGCUUCCAGAAUAAACCCCCUCAUCCCUCAGAGCCCACCACUGGCGCACACAGCUCUCCACGCGGGCCUGUCGAUGUACGUACGCCCGCGCUCCGCUCUGUACAGGUCGAGUAGUUUUUAAUUCAUUUGUGAAUACUCAAUGCUAUUUUUGUUAUCUUGUCUGUCCGUAUUUAUGUGUGGGGCCAUGCUCCCUGAAGAGGCCAAGGUGGGAUGGAGGUGGGGGGGGAAGAACCAGACGCUCCAGGGGGGCUCACUUGGCCACUGAGCACAGACUUGCGCUCCCUGUGUAGGAUCCGCUCAGAUCCCACACGGGGAGCACAAGGACUAACAUUAGCCCAAACAUUGAACGCUUCGGAUUGCAGGUGGAGGUGAUCCACUAAUAAAGUUGUCAUUGGA